GUCAGUUUCCAGAGGAAAUAAAUAGACAAGACCCACUACUGCAAGAAGCAUAUCAACGAGCACUUAUGGAUGGCUUUGAAAGAGUGAAGAGGGCCAGGGUGAUGCUGCUGGGCCAUUCUGGUGCAGGUAAAACACACCUGAGAAAGCGGCUUCUGGGGAAGAAAUAUGAUGAAGAUAAAGAUCGAAUAACUAAUGGAAUAGAAACUGACUACGUUCUUGUGAAGGAGGGUUGGAAUUCAGAUGAAGCUGAGUGUCAUGGGCCAGCAAUAUCAUGUUUGCUUGCUGAAAAUACAAGAAAGAUACAUGAGGAAAUCCGGGGAAGUCAUGCAGCUUCAUCCAAGCCUUCAGAAAAGCAGUCUGAUGUUAAUCAAGAAGAAAUGAUAACAGUUGCUCCAAGCCUAUCCCAUCUCACUCUAGAGGAUGAGAACACCUUACAAGCAGAGGGACAAACUGUGGUGCAUGCAUCACAAGUGAAGGGGUUGGGUAUGUCUGGUUUUUUACAUCUGAGAAAUGUGUUGUAA